AUGUGCAGACAUGAUUGCGUGAACACGGACGGCGAUUUUGAAUGUACUUGUCCGAAAGGGUACCGUGGCAAUGGAAGAGUAGACGGAGAAGGUUGCAGACGUGGCGAACCGCUUCUAUUAAAAAUAUUUGCAGGGAGUGCUCUAGGGGUGAUUAUUCUUUUAUUGUCUGCUUGCUUAAUUUACUUGGAGCUCAAGAGACGAAGAUCGAACAAAGCAAAGGAAGAGCACUUUCAUCGGAACGGUGGCAUGAUGUUGCUUGAGAAACUAGCCGAUAGGGAAAGAUCGCCCGACAUGGUGAAGAUCUUCACAUCAACCGAGCUGCAAAAGGCGACGAACGACUUCAACAACGACAUGAUCAUCGGCCAAGGUGGAUUCGGCACAGUUUACAAAGGUCUAUUGCAAGACAACACUUUAGUUGCUGUAAAAAAGUCCAAGAGAGUCGAUCCGAACCAAACCGAGCAAUUUAUAAACGAGGUGCUUGUUCUUUCUCAAGUCAACCACAGGAAUGUAGUCAGGCUCCUAGGUUGUUGCUUCGAAACCGAAGUACCCCUUCUCGUUUACGAAUUCGUCGACAAUGGCACACUCUCUUCGCACAUACACAAUCAGUCAAAGGGAGGUUGUCUUAUUGAUUGGGAUAUGCGUUUGAGGAUAGCUGCAGAAACGGCGGGUGUGCUCUCGUACCUACACUCUUCAGCUGCUACACCAAUCAUACAUAGAGACGUGAAGUCGGAUAAUAUUCUCGUAGACCAUAAUUUCACAGCUAAGGUAGCCGAUUUCGGAGCUUCGAGAUUGGUUCCUGUGGACCAUACUCAGUUGUCAACUAUGGUGCAAGGAACUUUCGGUUAUCUUGAUCCUGAAUACAUGCAAACAAAUCAAUUGACCGAAAAAAGCGAUGUCUAUAGUUUCGGAGUAGUACUAUUGGAGCUACUAACCGGUAGAGGGGCGAUAUGCUUUGACAAACCAGAGGAGGAGAAGAAUCUGUCGUACUUUUUUCUUUCGAUGCUGAAGCAAGAUCGAAUACUCGAAAUAGUUGAUGAUGGUAUAUUAAUUGUAGGAGAUGAUAAAAAUAGGGAAUCGCAAAUAAUGGAAGUUGCGAAGAUUGCGAAAAGGUGUUUGUAUGUGAGAGGUGAAGAUAGGCCUAGCAUGAAGGAGGUGGCUAUGGAGUUGGAAGGUUUGCGGCUCGGUGGGAAACACGCGUGGGCCCGGAAUGGGGACGACGGAGAAGAGACGGAAUCUUUGCUUCGUGAUCGAUUGAAUGAAUUCGUAGGUAAUGGUGAUGGUUAUAGUAAUACUACUAUUGGAUAUGAUAGUAUUAGAGAUCAAGUUAAUCUUUUGCCUACAAUGGGUGGACUAGGGAGAUAGAAAAAAAAUUAAUUUGGGGUUUUAAGUGCAGUUUAUUUAUGCUGCUGAGUUUGAUUGUGAGUUGUAGAUUCGAGUUGCUAUAGACUUGUGCAAAUGAUAGCACAAGUGCACUAUAUAUU